AUGAAGCUUCUGGGAGUAUCAUCUCCUAAAAGUUCAGCAGUCAGUUUAGAUCUCCUCAAUCUCUAUGUUGUUAACCAGAUAUCAACCAAAAAAGACAACACCGAGAACAUCAGGAAGCCAGUCCACAUUGAUAUCACUGAAGAUGUAAAAAUACCUGUUAGGAGGCACAACAUAGAGCUUCCCAUGUCACCACUAUGUACACAACUUACGUCAAACUUAGAUGACAUCCAGAACAGGUUACAAGAGCAAGUAUUGGACAGCAGAAGGCAGCAUCUUUCAGAGAAAGUAAAAUACCAGCAUAAUGUCUCUAACUGUACACAACUUUCAGAAGAGAAUUUCAGCACAAACCUAAUGAGCAACACUUGGGAACAGACCUAUGAAGAGAAGCUGCAAAACCAGCCAGGAAAUAGUUCUGAUCAAGACCCUUGGAUUACAAAACCUCCAAGCCAGUGUAUUUUCAGGAAGGCCGAUACAGUGCCGCAAGAACUGUUUAAGCCAUUGCAUAGCUUUUCUACCCUCCCCUCCAACCACAGGCUAGACUAUAUGAAUUCUGUCAGGAAUAAUCCAGUGAUAAUGACCAGUAACAAAUCAGAAAACAGUGAAGGAAUAAAAGAACCAUUGUUCGAUGUUGUGAAAGAAACUGCAGAAAUGAAAGCUCCCCAAGAUGGGAGUGAUUGUUCCUUUCUGGCACUGUUCAAAGAUGAGAGCCAACCAAACCAUAAUAAUCCUUCUACAAAGCAUUUUAAUCCUUUUGUUAACCAAAGCAGUACUGCCAUUUUUUUCACUGAUCCUGAUGAUAGAAAUCAAAUGACCAACAGAAAUUAUCCUUAUGAUACUAGAGAGGCUUACCCUGCAAUCAGUGCAAAAAAGAGUUCUGUAGACAGACACCUUGAAGGCAUUUUCACAGCUCCAGAACAGGUUUUACUCAAAAGUAACAAUGCCUCAAGUGCAAGCUACAAGAAAACCAGUGGACUUCAUAAAACCCACCUGCAGGACUGUCAUGAGGGACAGCACUACUUCAUACCCUCUGAAAACAAAGAAAAACCUGCAAACCUUGAAAAAAUUGAGACAUUUGCUUAUCACCAUGAUCAGAGGAUUAACUUAAAGGAGAAUGUACAGAACUAUUCAAGAAAAAAAAGUGAUGAUGAGGCUGUGAAAGAAUCAGCCUGGAGACAGAACCAGCUCUUUGGAUUUGAAGAGUUCACAACAGCACAAGAGAAAGAGUAUAAGUUUGGAGUGAGUUCAAAUCUUCACGAGAUGGAGAAGGAUGUGGAGUCAUCACUCAGCAGCCAGUCUCCCGGUUACUCUCCAAGGCAGACAGAGAGCUGUUUCAGCUCUAGUCCUGACAUGUCUGAAGUGGAAGACACAGCCAAAAAGAAGGAAUAUCUGAAUGAACGGUCCUUGAAGAUAGACGAUGCCAACCUAAUCUCAACCUCAGCAAGUACAGAGCCCCCCAAGACCUCUCACACCAGAUCUGUGCCUCUCCAGCCCAGCAGUAUUUUGACUAGAGAAGAAGCAAACCAUCUUCAGGAGAAAGACUCCAUUUUAUGUGCCACAGAGGAGGAAAAUAAAAACCACACCGCCCCAUCUGAGGGCAGCUCAUUACACCAAGCCCUUAAAAAAGAGCAUGUCACUCGCAGUACCAGGUGUGAUGUUUGGUCGCAGACUGAGAGCUCUGUUACAGAAGUAGAGAAAGUGGAUGUUGCCACCCAGUGUGGCACCAUGCAGGUGUGCAGCUGUGGGAGCUCCCUCCCCUCUGCCCACAGGCCGGGUGGGCCCCCUCCUUCCAGCACCGCAGGCACCGCUGGAGGGCACAAAAUGCCAGCACAUGAGGCGCUGCAGCCUGCAGGCACGGGCAGCGCAGCAGAAAUAGCGGCGUUUUCUUCUGAAGCCGAGUAUCUGAGUUUGGCUGGCAGAAGGACUCUAGAGGUGCUGAACUACAUUGAUAUAAUGAAGGAGAGAGAUAAGCAGUGA